AUGAUCUUCUUCCUCUUUCUCCCUUCCCUUGCUGUCUCUCUCUGCCUAUAAAGCUGACACAUUUCUAAAGUUUUCAACUUUCUCUUCUCAUAUACCCAAAACGGCAAUUAGGGAAACUUCGUCACAAAUCCUAAAAAGAGUUUCCUUUUCCGGUAAAGUUCCACACUUUCUCUCCUUCGUUUCCAUCGAAAGGUCUCAACUUUAUCUUCUCAUCUUCCUCCUCUGCUAUCAAUUUCUGAGUUUCUACUUACGUUUUGCUUAAACUCUUUGUGUAUAAUGAAUCUUCGGCGCUUAGUGAUUUGAGAGAUUAUGGAGGAGGUAAACUGCUCUUUACCUGCUUGUCCGACAGAGGACGCCAUUAAAGCUCUGUUAGAGAACUUAGUCGACCCUCUGCUUCCAGCUAAACCUUCUCUAACUGAUGUUCCUUCCAAGUCUCUCCGUGAAUCUGUGGCUAAGCAGGUUCAUGCUGUUGUGGUGCUGUACAACUAUUACCACAGAAGAGAGCAUCCUCAUCUCGAAUGCUUGCCUUUUGAGUCUUUCCGUAGCUUGACUACUGUUAUGAGGCCUGCUCUGCUGCCCCAUUUCAAGGAAUCUGGAGAAGCAUUGCUAGAGAAGGCUAUUGUGGAUGCAUGUAGCUUAUCCGUGAGCUUGGGUGGUGCGUCUUCGGAUUUUUCCAGCUUGAACAAGUGGCCCAUAAGGAAAGUUGCAGUCUUGUUAGUUGAUUCCAACAAGACUUGUUGUUAUCUUCAACACAGUUCCGUCACACAAGGUGUGUGGUCACUACUUGAGAAAACUGCUGCUGCUGCUCAGACUGAAGAGGCUAUCUUCCAAAAAGUUGCAUUUGAAGCUAUUAAGGAGGCCACAGGUAUUAAUCACAAAGACAUUGUGAUCUUGGAGAGGCAUUUGGUACACUCUUUGAGUGAAGAGAAGACAACGGUCAAGUUUUACAUAAUGAAGUGCACUUCACAAGACAAGUUUCCUGGAGAGUUCCCUGUUGAAGAAUCACUUAAUUGCAUGCAAGGUCCUUUGUUUGAGAAGAGCUUCUCUGAAUGGUCUACCAAUUCCAUAGUUGAAUACUUUCAUGUUCUUCCAUAUGCCAGUCUUAUAACAGACUGGUUUUCCAGGCGAGAAGACGCUGAAUUUGUGAUAGAGAAAGAAGUAGAAGAUGUAUGUGAUGAGAUCGAAAGCAAUGGAAAGGCAGAUGAGUCUGAUAUUUGUUCCACGGAGGACGCCAUUAGAGCUUUGUUAGAGAACUUAGUCGACCCUUUGCUUCCACUCAAACCUUCUCCAACUAGUGUUCCUUCCAAGGAUGUCCGUGAAUCUGUGGCUAAACAGGUUCAUGCUGUUGUGCUGCUGUACAAUUAUUACCACCGAAGAGAGCAUCCUCAUCUGGAAUGCUUGUCUUUAGAGUCCUUCCGUAGCUUGACUACGGGUAUGAGGCCUGCUCUCUUGCCCCAUUUUAAGGAAUCUGGAGAAGAUGGAGUUUUGGAACAACAAACUGUCUUGCUGGAGAAGGUUAUUGUGGACGCAUGCAGCUUGUCCAUGAGCUUGGAUAUGUGUUCAGAUUUUUCCAGCUUGAAGAAGUGGCCCAUAAAGAAAGUUGCAAUCUUGUUAGUUGACUCAAAGAAGACUUGCUGUUAUCUCCAACACAGUUCCAUCACACAAGGUGUGUGGUCACUACUGGAGAAAACUGUUGCUGCUCAAGGCCAGAAUGAAGAGGCUAUCUUUCAAAAAGUUGCAUUUGCAGCUAUUAAGGAGGCCACAGGUAUUAAUCACAAAGAUGUUGUGAUCUUGGAGAGGCAUUUAGUGCACUCCUUGAGUGAAGAGAAGACAACGGCCAAGUUUUACAUAAUGAAGUGCACUUCACAAGACAAUUUUUCCGGAGAGUUCCCUGUGGAAGAAGCACUUAAAUGCAUGCAAGGUCCUUUAUUUGAGAAGGGCUUCUCUGUCUCUGAAUGGUCUACGAGUUUCGUAGUGGAAUACUUUCACGUUCUUCCAUAUGCCAGUCUAAUAACAGACUGGUUUUCCAGGGGAGAAGACACUGAGUUUGUGAUAGAUAAAGAAGCAGAAGCUGUUUGUGAUGAGAUUGAAAGCAAUGGAAAGGCAAAUGAGCCUGAUAAUUUUGACACUCCUGGAAGAGGAGAUAAUGCUAAAAGGAGUAAUGAUACUAAUGCCAGAAAAGAUGCAGCUCAACGUAGCAGUCCUAAAGCUAGAAAAAAAGUUGCUCCGAGGUUCUAUUCUCGUAACUUGAGAGGAAGAACAGUUCCUGCAGUGGAACCCGAGGUUGAGACGGUAGUUGCGUUGAAGGCUAAUGAUGCAGAUAAUGAUAUGAGCCCUUGUAAAGGGAGCUACUCUAAUGGAGAGAGAGGUGGUGGGGAGGUUGGAUCUGGUUCAAAUUAUCAAAGAGAAAGAGAUAACCAGAGGAAAAAAGCUGUUACUGACAAACUUAAGAGCAUUCUUAAGCUUAAUAAUAAUAAUGCAUCUCCUGUUUCUGCUCAUGACCUUAACCUUGAGGAGCUACAAAGCACUCUUCUUUCUAGAGCAACAUCUCUAUCUGAAACUGCAUUGAAAGUUCUUCACUGCAAACGAGAUAAGCUGACACUUCAGCAGAGGGAUAUAGAAGACGAGAUUGCUGAAUGUGACAAACGCAUCAAGAACGUCAGAGGUAAUUGGGAGCUGCAACUAGAAACAAUACUUGAGUGCUGUAAUGAGGCAUACCCGAGGAGGCGUAUCCUUCAAGAAUCUCAUGACAAUUCAGCAUGUCAAAGCAACAAGAGGCUGAAGCUCUCUGAACCUCUUCCUUCUUCCAAAAGUAUGUGUCAGAAACUCGAUGAUCUCUGUCUUGAGAAUAACUGGGUACUCCCAAACUAUCACGUGUCUUCAACAGAUGGUGGGUUUGAAGCUGAAGUAAGAAUAAAGGAGACUAACUUUGCGCAUACAAUCUGUGGAGAUGAAAAGUCUGAUGCUGAGGAAGCUAGGGAAUCUGCAGCGGCUUGCUUGCUAACUAGGUUACACCACAACACAAGACAACAGCCACCAACUUCUCGUCAUUGAUUGAGUGAGAACCAUGAGCAACUCGCUAACUUCAAACAAGAGUAGAAAAGGUUGUAAAGAUCACUAGUUCUGCAGUUUCAUCAUCUUUGCAACUAGUUUUGUC